AUGACGGGGCGCUCUGACGCUUCUGCUCUUCGCACAGGGACAGCAGGGGGCACUAGCAGCAUCAAUGGCUCCCCCGGUAUGGAUGAACUGUUUCCAGGGAUUCUCCCGGCCGUCCCGAUCGGCUCAGCACCCAUCAUCCCGGACAAAGACAAGCGCAGCAACGCGGCGACGGCAGCGUCAGCCGCAGGUGUGCGGGCGCUCUCUGCGCAGGCGCUACAAUUCUACUUCCGCGCACCUGUCAAGGCCUUCUUUCGCACGCGCGUCGACUAUCUCGCCUAUGCGCGAGGCCCUGAUGGCCGGCUGUCCUCGGGCUCAACCCUCCCAGACAGCCACCCGCACAGCCGCUUUCGUCGGUGGCUGCGCGGCACCACACCCGGCGUGCUGACGCUGGCCAUCCGGCGGUACGGCUGGUCGGUCGUGCCCAAUCAGAUCCUGCCGCCGCUGGCCGCCAACAUAAGCGUCGCCGCCGUACUCUACACCAGCUAUCUCCAGAUCCUCGGUCACCUUCAUCCCGAGAGCGGCCAGGCUCGUCGCCGCGUGUAUCCACCGCCAGCUGCCGCCGAGACCUUUACGGCCGGCUUCUUGGCCGGUAGCAUCCAGAGCCUCGUGGCCGCCCCCCUCGACGCCAUCCAAGCCCGCUUCGAUCACGGCGCAAACGGCAUGGGCAACACCAAUGGCACCGCCGGCCGUCCCCAGAGCAUGUGGUCCUUCAGCGCUGCCAAGCUGCGCGAGAUCGGCCUGCGCGGCAUCUUUGCCGGCUGGGGUCUCAGCUUCCUCAAGGACAGCUUCGGCAGCGCUGUCUUCUUCUCCACGUUCGAAUACGUCAAGGCUCAGGGCUACUACCAUUUUGUCGCCUACUACUACGGUGCCCUCGACGGCUCCAUGAUUCUGGCACAGCAGCAGAAGCAGGAGGAUUCUGCCCGUCGCAGGGAACAGAUCAAGGGCUGGAUACGCACGUCUCCGCGGGAACAGCACCAUCGCCAUCACCACCUACACCAUCACCAUGACGGCCACGACUCCUUCUCGGCGCCGACGCUCUCAUCUUCCUCUCCCUCGACGCCUCCGGUCGUGAUUCGCCCUCACUAUGCCAUCGAACCCAUAUUCUUGCUCCUCGCCGGAAUCGCUGGAUCCCUAGCACAACAGGUGCUGCUACAUCCUCUGACACACCUACAGGUCGAGCAUUGGGAUCGUCUAGAAGAUCUUGACGCCGUUGCCAAGGCAGAAACCAAGGCUGCCGCAUCCGCCCGUACAACAGUAGCCCAGGUAUCAACGAAGGUGCCCCACCAGUCCGUGCUCCUCAACCUGCCGCGCUUCCACGUCAUGCGCACGUACUAUCGGGCGUACAUUGAGACUUGGCGGCGUUGCGUGACCCAGGCCACAACAGAGGGCCUCUCCAUGGCCGCGUGGCUUUACCGCGGGUUUUGGUGGAACGCAAUACGCCAGGUUCCUAGCACAGGUGCUGGAUUGAUCAUCUUUGAGCUCGUACGGCGAAAAUACGGGCUGGCUGGCGACAUGGUGCGCAUCUGCCAGGAUGGAUACGACAUUUUGCUAGAAUGA